AGAGAGGGUCUUGUCUCGUCUCGUCUCUCGGGCUUCAUUUGCAUUCCACACCCAGACAAAUUGUGUUAAGACUUUUUGAGUUGACCAAAUUGGACGUGUUUCUCAGUCAUGGGGAAAUUUUUUCUUUUCAUUUUGAUCGCAUUAAUUCUUCUGAACGCGACCCAGGCUAAAGAAGGAAAGAAGGCCAGGAAGAACAAACGAAACGUCACUGACAUCAUCAACCCGAGGACUUUUAAAGGAAACGCGGUCCCAGUUAACGUCCCUCUUCCUCCUAAUCGAACAACAGACCUGCAAACACGUGUCCCGUCUGCCGUGGUUGCUGUGGAGGAGUUGGAAGUGGAGUUACGCAGCAACAGCACGGCAAAGUACCUCCAAGGUACUCUGAGCAAGUGCUUCAUCCCAGCUGUCUACAUCAUAGCCAUCGUUGUCGGCAUUCCCGCCAAUAUCGCCAUUUUGGUCCUUGUUGGAACCAAAGUGAGGGUCGUUUCAUCUGCAAUUUUGUACUGUAGCUUAGCAGUGUCCGACUUGCUGCUGUUGUUCAGCCUGUUGCUGAAGACACAGUAUCAUCUCAAUGGGAACCAUUGGAUUUUCGGUGAAACCGCCUGCCGGAUCACAACCGCCUGCUUUUACGGCAACCUUUACUGCUCAGCUUUUACACUAGCGUGCAUUAGUGUCAAGCGCUACCUAGCCGUGGUUCAUCCUUUUCUCUAUAAGGGUUUGCCAAAGCGCACAUUCAGCACCUGGGGUUGCCUAACAGUUUGGAUUGUGUUUUUUAUCGCCCUACUCCCAGAAAUUCUAGUGCAACAAACCUACCACAUCGCACAUCUUGGAAUAAUCACAUGCCAUGACGUUCUUCCUGACAACAUAGAUUACUACCAGUGGCUUGACUAUUAUAACCUUGGCCUCACGUGUGUAGGGUUUUUUCUGCCCCUAGUGGUGACAGUAGCAUGUUACACUUCCAUCGUCUGGCACCUGAACCGUUCACACAGAGACUGGGCUCUUUACAUCAAAGCUAGCACGUUUAACUUAAUUAUUUUUGUCCUGUGCUUCGGCCCAAGCAGCUGUUUUUAUUUUGUGCAUUACAUCCUGCUGUCUGUUAGCACUACAGAGAGUUUCUACAUCUACUUCAGUGUGGCCGUGUGUCUGUGUUGCCUGCAUAGCGCUCUGGAUCCGUUUCUGUUCGCGAUCAUGUCCAGGACUGUUGGAAACAAACGCUACUUUCUUACACGCAAAGGACGCGCGCUUAGCAUCUCUACUUAAAGUCGACAUGAAAUGCAUGUUGCGCAACCCAUUUAGCUUCUGUAAUCCCGUGUAUUUCCAAGUGAAACAGGAUGUUUAAUGUGAACUUGUUAACAAUCGAAAUAGCCCCGGUCAUAAAUGGCACCCCAAACCCUCACAGUCUUCCUAUGAGUCCACACCUUUGUGAUGUAAUGGUGCUUUGACUGCUGGGUAAAGUCCUCUGUGUAGCUAAGCUGAAGUGCGCAUCGACGGCCGCAAAGGGGGCGCUCACGAGCACCCUUCUGAAACCUAAAAUGAGGAAUGGGACACCCUACGGUCUCGUGGUCUUAACGGACACGUGCACGCAGCCAUUGUAAGUCCUCAAGAACGAAAGUGUGCCAUUUGGGUUUCAGCCAUAGAAAGUCGUUUUAACGGCAGAAAGUUGUUGCAUUUUGAUAAAAGACUACAAGCACUUACACUACCGUUCAAUAGUUUGGGAUCAUUAAAGGAUUAGUUCACUUUCAAAUAAAAUUUUCCGGAUAAUUUACUCACCCCUAUGUCAUCCAAGAUGUCCAUGUCCUUCUUUCGUCAGUCGAA